AUGGAGUUUGAUUUCCCGGAUAAAGACAUUGAUUCGAUAAGUCAAGAAGAAGAAGAUGGUAUAGGAUGGGUGAUGCUAUUCGAUGGAGGAGCCAAUGUAUGGGGACAUGGAUUAGGGGUAGUGCUUAUAUUGCCAAAGGAUAAACAUUACCCAGUCACGGCCAAACUUACCUUUCCUCUUUCCAAUAACGUGGCCGAGUAUGAAGUCUAUGUAUUGGGUCUGCAGGCUGCUAUGAACCAAGGCAUUAAGGAAUUGGCAGGAAAAGGAGAUUCAGCACUAGUUAUUCAUCAGUUGAUCGGAGAGUGGGACACCCGGGAUCCCAAGCUAAUACCAUAUCAGAAGCACAUCCAGGAAAUGAUUAAGGGAUUUGACCAUAUCAGUUUUUCCAACCUACCAAGGGAAAACAAUUUCAUUCCUGACACACUAGCCACACUAGCAGCUUUGUUUAAAGUGGAACCAGGAAUGGAGAUUGAACCAAUUCGAAUUAGGGUGUAG